ACAAUUUCAAGGGCUCAACACAGCCAUUCCGUAGGUAUUGGAGGGAAGACAGGAAGCCUUCCUUCGAAUUCCGUAACUGUACAGGUCGAUUAACACAUAUGCAGGGUUUCUCUAGGGUUUAACGAUUUCCCCUUCUCUUUCACCCACUGUGACACAUCUUUAAUCCCAUAUAUCAACUAAUCAACAGAUCCCAAAUGGGUCGUUCUAACGCUACUAAACUUGUCUCAUGGCUUGCUCGUCGCUCCCUCUCUCACAAUCACCUGAAUGAAUCGUUGGUUAAUGGAGGAGGUUAUAGAAAGUUUGGUUCAUCAUCACAGAUCAGGAUUUCAAACGCUCCCAAUAAGAAAAAUGCAGUCAAUCCAAGAUAUUGGUCGACUCAUUCAACAGUUAAUGUCAAUCCUGGCUCCAAAAGAUCCAUUCAUGGCACUGCAUUUAUGGCUGCAAAAGAUUACUAUGAUACCCUUGGAGUGAGUAAGAAUGCAACAUCUUCAGAAAUCAAGAAAGCAUAUUAUGGGCUAGCAAAGAAGUGGCAUCCAGAUGCCAACAAGGAUGACCCACAAGCUGAAACUAGAUUUCAAGAAAUAUCAAAAGCAUACGAGGUUCUGAAAGAUGAGGAUAAAAGAGGAGAUUAUGACCAGCUUGGCCAUGAAACUUAUGAAGCAAGUGUUAAUGGUGGUGGAGGUGGUCCAGAUGCUUCUCAAUGGGGUGGUGGCAAUCCUUUCCAAGACCUUGGUGAUAUAUUUGGUUUUGGCCCAUUUGCUAGGAACUUUAGUGGCAAAGAUGUUAAGGUUUCUGUUGAGCUUUCUUUCAUGGAAGCUGUGCAAGGAUGCACCAAAAAUAUAGUUUUCAAUACUGAAUUGCCUUGUGAUUCUUGUGGUGGAACUGGUAUACCUCCUGGAACAAAGCCUGAAACAUGUAGGAGAUGUAAAGGAGCAGGAAUGACAAUGAGUCAAACAGGUCCAUUUAGAAUCCAAAUCACUUGCCCUCAAUGUGGUGGAAGUGGAAAAUAUGUCAAGAAUUUAUGCAAGUCAUGCAAUGGUCAAAGAGUUGUGAGUGGACAAAAAUCUGUCAAAUUAAACAUCAUGCCAGGAGUGGAUACAAAUGAAGAAAUAAAAAUGUCAAGAAGUGGUGGAGCAGAUCCAGAUGGCAACCAGCCUGGUGACCUUUAUGUUAUGAUAAAGGUGAGAGAAGAUUCUACUUUUAGGCGAGAAGGGGCCCACAUUCAUGUUAAUGCUCCCUUGAAUAUCACUCAGGCAGUUUUGGGAGGAACUAUUCAGGUUCCAACAUUAACAGGCGAUGUUGUUCUUAAGGUUCGUGCAGGAACCCAACCAGGGCAAAAAGUAGUAUUGAAGGGAAAAGGGAUUAAAACUAGAACCUCAUAUUCAUAUGGAGAUCAAUAUGUGCACUUCAAUGUUAGCAUCCCAACGAGCUUAACAGAGAGACAACGUGAGUUAAUGGAGGAAUUUGCAAAAGUAGAAAAUGGUGAAGAAGAUGAGAAGCAAGUUGCUGCUGUUGGUCAAUAGUGGUUGUGAUGACUGAUGAUUGCCUUUGGAAGAUUUGGAAAUAAAAAAAAAAAGAAAAAAAAAAAACUAUAAUUUAUUACUCGUUUUUUCUUUCUCUUAUAACAUACGUGAUUUUUGAUGGGAGUGAUCUCUCUUAUAUAGAAAAGAGUUUUUGAUGUAUAAUCAUUGUGGUUUUGAAACUAUUUUAUUGUUAGAUAUUGGAUGAAUAACCAAGAAAACAUGUAUUCUUGUAAACUAGAAGCUACUUUGUGGCAUUUGAUUAAAUCAUAAUUUAUUUUCAAAUGGAA